CAGGCUUUUUGCGAUUGUCUGCGCAAAUUUUGAUUUAAAAAGUUCUCAAGCGAUGGAAAAGCAGCCGAAAAGCGCGCAGAAGAGUCGCCAUAAGGUGAAGAACGCCGGCGACAGAUCUCGCAUGCUGAAGAUGAGCAAGUCGAGCUCAAAGGCGUCGCCGAGCAAGUCACUGCCACAGCAGAUCGAAAUCAAACCCAAAGAUUUCAUUUGCCCAUCGGAAGCCAAACAGAGUCUCACAGAGGCUUUCGAAGAAAUCAAGUAUCAAUGUGCCACCUUUAAACCUGGCGAAAGGAGCCAGUUCGCUGCCGAAGACGACGUAAAUCCAGUCGAUUCUGACCAAUAUUUUUCCCUUGCUGGCACUGACGCCGAAAAUUCCUUUGAGGAGGAGGAAGAGGAAGUUUGCGACUCCAUGGAGGUGGCUGACACUACUGGCGACACUGAGGAGGUCGUCCAGCUGGAUAAAGCAGAAUUGGAACGGAAAGAGUUCUGCAGUGGUGAUUGCGUUGACCAGCAGCCCGUCAGUUCAGAGGAGUGUUUUGAAGAGCAUCAGUGCGUAAACAAGACUGAAGAUACAGAUACCCUUGAGGCGGCCCCUAACAAGCUGGAGUCAUCAGGCGAGACCGCUGAUAUGGACAUGAGUGACUCAGCUGUGACAGGUCGGAUUGAGGUUUGUUCUGGAUCAGACAGAAUGGACCAGAGCUCGUUUCUGGCCGAGGGAGACUCGACUGACUCAAGUUGGCUCAUCAACGAACCAAUGCCUUUAUGGCCUGAUGUUAGCAGCAGCGACUACACAUACGAUUCACCCACGAUGCAUAUUCUUGCUACCUUGAAAGUGCCUGUUCUGCUUCUGGAAACUGAGGAUGAGGACAGCUUUAAUGCUCAGCCUGACCUUGAAAAUCAGAAGGAAGAGGAUGAUUCGAAAGAAUUGAGUUGGCAGGAGAACGAAAUUGAGGACAGUGUCAAUCAGUCGCAGCCGGAAAAUAUAGAAAGUUGCAAAGAAAAUCCAGUUUCACAGCCCGAUUUGAAGGACCUUGAAACUGAAGCCAAAGUAGAGUCAAGUCUGCAGAUCAACCAGGAGAUUCCGGAAAAAGAGGAAAGUUGCAAUGAAAUAUCAGAUGCGCAACCUGAUCAGAAAAAUUGUGAAAACGUUGUGGGAGACGAAGAGAGCUGCCAGGCUACCUUAAAAAUUGAGGAAAAAGAGAGCACUGGCGAAGAACAGCCCAAAACUGGGCCCAUUUUGAUCAAUCCAGAGAGUGAGACCAGUUUGAAAGGGACUCCUCUGAUCGACAUGGACCUAUCCAAAUCUUGUUCUGUCUGUGAACCAGCCAUGACAGUUUCCAGCUUGAAACGGUCGUUGACAACUCCUAGCCCAAGGAGCGUCAUUGCCAAAACUGUCACGAGCACGCCUGAACCCCAAAGAGGCAAGAUUCCCGAAGUGAUCUCGCGCUACUCAACCCCAAAGACGCGUUCCCACCGUGACACACCUCAGCCCAAGAGUAAGUUACCGCGGCUGACUGCCAAGAACAAGUACAAUAAUGUGAAGGCCAAAGUGGACUCCAAUCUGAUGAGCGGAAAGAAGUCCUCCAUUUUGAAGAAACAGGCUGUCCAGGAGCAGCCAAAGGAGCUGGCGGUUUCUUGGGGAAAGCCCAUUGAGCAGUUAAUACAGCAGGACAGCGGAGAGCCUGAGUUAAGCCUGGAGAUGGAAACUCUCAAGGAGCCUGAAAUCGAGAAGUUGGAAGAGAAACAAGAGGAAAAAGUUAAAGAACAGGAUUACAAGCCAGAAGAACAACAGGCCAAAGAGGAAAAAACAGCAAAAAUGGUGAUGGAAGUGGAGAAGGAUCCCAAAGCUCUCGAGGACGAUUGGCAGUGGGAAGUGUCUCCAGCUGAACUUCAAGCUGCACCUUGGCCUGAGGAACCUUUGGAGCAGCGUCUACGUCAUGAUACACCUGACGAGAAGAACAACGGCAAGGUGCUACUCGGCGUCGCCGCCAUUGCUGUGGCCGGCUACGCAGCCUACUCCAACUGGGACACCAUCGUGAAGAAGUCUGCGGCGCUGCUUGAGUAUUUGGCUCCUCGUUAGUUUCCGUUUUAUCUGUUGAAUAAAUUCGUCAAGGUUAAAUUUCCCUGCCACAAUGAGCGAAGGAUGAUGCGGCGAUUUACAAGUCAAAGUAAAAGAUUGAGAAAAAGUCGCAAAUGUGCCUGUCAUUCCAU